UCCCCCGCGCGUGUACAAAGUUGCAUGCGUCUCUUUCGAAAAUUAUUGUUUGUAUUGAAUAUUUAUAGCUAACACUGUCUAUAAAUGGGGAGAAGGGGGGAUUGGAGAAGCGGUCUCAAAGAUUUUUGGGAGGUGGCCUGUGUAGCCGAAUUUUAAUGAAACAUUUCAUCAUCAUAUAAUUCGCAUUUUGUUAGAAUAUGUCAUAAAAUACUUUUUUAACUUAGUCUCAGAUGAAAGCCCAAUUUAGCUUAUUUUGCGUUUUUUGUUUUUUGAAAUUUCUUGCUGAACACAGAAUAAAAAUUUGACUACAGUUCAAAAAACGUCCUUGCUUCGUAGGCGUUUUAUAAUUACGGAUUUGAUAUUUUUUGUUUUUGCUCUCUUCUGUUCUGAUUUGACAAGAUUUAUUUUGUGUAAUUCACCAGCAUGGUGAUCCUGGAUUUACAAGCCAAGAUAUAUGCGUAAAUACAACAUCUAAACAAAUUAAGAAUAUCUCGGAUAUUUUGCCUUUACUGUAUGUAUUACUAGAUAAGUAUAUGCUUGCUCUAUCCAGUCUAUACUCUUAAAUAGCAGCGUAUGUCACUGUAUGUAGUCAUAAUUGUGCAAUAUAAGUCAAUUCAUGGGGAAUCCCCUAAGGCCCUACAAAACAUGCUGAUGCAUCGAUUAAUAAUUGAUAUAAACAAGCCGAAAUUUACAAGUGGUCGAAAUAAAUUCGUUCGCUUCUUGUAGUGACAUCAGUUGAAAGAAAAUCACAAAGGAAUAUACCAUACAACAAAUGUGUUAGCGUGGGCUUCAUACAAUAUAAGAUUUGGAUUUAAGAAGAGUUAGCCUGGUUUCUCGUCUGCAUUGACAUGAAUUCAACAUCUGUCUGCUAUAAGUCGAUGCAGGAAAAACAAAGCUGGCGAUGUAAUCAUUACGAAAGACGUUGCAUGGUGAAAUUUGAUUGUUGUGAUAAAUACUGGCCGUGCAAUAUUUGCCACAACGAGGCGAGCACGUGUCAGCAGAAACCCAAAACACGUGAUACGACGAUGGUAAAGUGCAUGGAGUGCGAAAAAGAACAACUGUUUGGUGAAAAUGGUCAAUUUUGCAUUUCGUGUAACACUCAAUUUGCUGAUUUUUACUGUGGUAUUUGCAAACAUCUUACUGGAAAGGGUAAACAUCCUUAUCAUUGCGAGAAAUGCGGAAUUUGCAGGAAUCACGGAGAUCGUUCAUUUCAUUGCGAUAUUUGUCGUGUUUGUCUUGAUGUUCAACUUAAAGAAAAUCACAAAUGUCGUCCAGAUUCCGGUCAUGAGCACUGUGCUAUUUGCCUGGAGGAUACGUUCAAAGGUUCCAAGAUUCUUCCAUGUUCUCACAAAGUCCACAAAGAAUGCCUAAUUUUGAUGAUGAUUCAAAGCGGAAUAACUCGUUGCUCGAUAUGCCUGGAGAGUUUCGACUACAAACUCCAGAAACGCCCAACAGCUGGAAAGAAGCCAUCAAGAAGGCGAUGAAGACUCGCAUAACAAAAAAAAGGAUAUUUUAUACUUUAUAUUUAUAUAUUUUUAUUUAUAUAAUAGAGGUGUAUAUAUUAUAAUAAUUGAUCAAUUUUAGUGCGCGCGAAUUACGAUUAACACAUAAUUAUAUAGUUGAUGGUAUUUCAAUGGCGACCUAAAGGAAAGGAUUUAUAUAUCCUCAAGCAAAUUUAUUGGUCGAGACCGUAAUGAUGUUUAGAUUCUCCAGUUCCCCCCGAGUAAAUACGAGUAAAUACGUGUAAAAAUAAAAAUAUUUGUAAAUAAAUCUGGAAACCCAUAAAAAUAAGUCAACACUCAACAGAAGUACCCAAAGAAGCCUGGUUCACAUGAUCGCCGACCUGAUGCCGGUAGCAGACGAACCGGAUAAUUUUGAAAAUAAUUGAUGUAUUAGUAACAGAUAUGAAAAUGCAAUAUAAACGCAAAAGGCUUAACAUGGUGAAGCCAAUAGUUUCUUGCAUAAUAACUCAAGCGUUAAAAAAUGCGAGAAAU